CAUAGACACAAGAUUUAAACUACAAUCCCCGAGAUCUAACACUUUGUUUUUGGUUUGCGCAUGCGGAUUUUUUUUUAACUUUCCGCUCAUGCGCUCUUCGAGUUUCCGGGGACAAGUCGGUUUACUUUUCACAGCAGGAGACCGUAUCAUGUCUGUCUUCCUUCGAGCUGUGCCAAGAUUUCAGGGGCCAGCCACAUGGGGGAGACCUCUUCAUCGGCUGUGGUGCUGCACUGGGCAGGGGGAUUCCAACAGGUGGGUGACUAGCAAGGCUCCCACCUUGCAGGAGAAGCCACCAGGCACAGAGACGGAGAAAUUCCAUACAAUCUACCGAUUCAGAGCCAUCAAAAGAUUUGGGUUUCUAUCUCGACUGAAGUUGGCCCAGACAUUUCUGACUGUGACAGCCCUACCCCCAGGCUUGUACUGGUACUCACAGGGCCUCCUGAGUGUCAAGUCACUCUACCUUAUGAGUGGAGUCUCUUGCUUCACCCUGGCCAUGCUGUGUUGGAUGAGCUACUUCUUCCAGAGGCUGGUGGGCUUCAUGUAUGUGAAUGAGUCAGGUACUGUGCUUCGAGUGGCCCACCUGUCCUUCUUUGGGUGGCGACAAGAUACGUAUUGUGCUGUGUCAGACAUAAUACCCCUGUCAGAAUCCAAGGAACAUGCCCAGGAUCUGUUGGUACGAAUCCAGCAAUAUGGUGGCAAGAAGACCUUCUAUGUCACCCUGCGCUAUGGCCGAAUCCUGGACAGAGAACGUUUCUCACAAGUGUUUGGAAACCCAACCACACUUAAGAAAAACAACUAAGCUGGGCAUUGGUGGCGCAUGCCUUUAAUCCCAGCACUCGGGAGGCAGAGGCAGGUGGAUCUCUGUGAGUUCGAGACCAGCUUAGUCUCCAGAUCGAGUGCCAGGAUAGUCUCCAAAGCUACACAGAGAAACCCUGUCUCGAAAAACCAAAAAACAAACAAACAAACAAACAAACAAACAAAAAAAACCAACUAGGCCUUUGGUAGCCCUGGUUACACUUGGAUUUUAGACAGGAAGGCCAAAAACAUUAAUGAGGCAGAAGCUAAUAACCAGGGCCUGGGGCUGAAGCUCAAUUGGUAGACUGCUUGUCUAGCAUGCAGGAAGGGAAACCCUGGGUUGAAUCCCUAGAACUGCAUAUAACCAGGCAUGGUUGUGCGUGUUUGUACUUCUCCAUGUAGAUGGAGGCAGGUGGAGAAGUUCAAAGUUGUGUUGGGGCAAAAAAGAAGAUAUUAACCAACUUUAGGAAAAAGCCCUUAGUGGAACAUUGUACUGAAUAGGACAUUCCAACAGAUAGUGGCUAGAAGUUUUUAUGAAGAGGCACUUCUUGGAGGAAUGCUAUGCCAAGGUCACAGAGGCAGCCCACUGCUAUGAAACCAGAGGCAGGAGGGUUGGCAGAGGAACACAGACUGUGGAAUUACAGGCUUACAGCAUCGAUAAAGGCUUCUAGCCUGCCCUGCACCCAUGUGCUCACCAGCUAGAUGGCCAGCACUGAAGCCCACUCCAACUGAGGUAGGGACAGCACCCGGCUGAGAAUGCUGACCACCAGGAGAUCCAGGGCCGCUUAAACUGGGGAGCUUUGCAGUGUCAUCAGGACAGAGGGACACCAAGCAACUUAUCAGCUGAAGGAGACUGUGUAUGCUGCUUUUCAUAAUGGGUAACACACAUGCUUAUUAGGUGAAUUGUGCCUGUAUAAAGAGGAAAGCAGAAAGCAGCCAUCAUUUUUGUAAUUUGACCACCGAAGAAGCGUUGUUAGUAAUUCCCCCCUCCCCCCCACCAAGACAGGGUGUCUCUGUGUAGUCCUGGCUGUCCUUGAACUUGCUCUGUAGACCAGGCUGGCCUUGUACGACAUACUACCUGGCCAGUAGUUUCCUUUCUUGAAGAAUUGUUCUUUUAAAAUCACAUGUAUUUAUUUGUGUGUGCCCACUGUGCAUAUGUGGAGGUUGGAGGACAACUUUUCAGAGUCCUUUUCCUUGGGAAUUAAGUUCGGGUUGUCAAGCUUGGCAGCAAGCACCUUUAGCCACAGAACCAUCUUGCUGUUCCUCUAGUCAUUCUUCAUUGCUUUAAAACGGAGCAUGAACAAAGAUAACAAUAAACAUACCAAAGUGUGUGUAUGAGGAGCAGGGAUAGACAUAACAGAAGGCCUCAAGCCACACAAAGAACUACAGGCAACUCAAGACUUCUGAAAGCAGGAGAAAUAGCCCUCCUCAGGGAAGAACACAUCAGUUAGUUACCAAUAAGAAAUGGUCGGCCCUGAAGACACACACAUGCAAGUACAGACUGAGCAGGUUGUAUUUAGAAGCAUAUGCAUAUGGGAGAGAGGAAAGGGAUGAGGAAAAUGAUGUAAUUGUGUUGUAAUCUCAAAAAAAUAAAACUUAAAA